GUCUUUCUUUAUACCCUUUACAGAGUAAAUGACUAUUAUAUCCCUCAAGUCAAGCCUUCGUUUCUAACUAAACCCUUCCCUUCCUCCUCCGAUCAAAAAAAACCCUAAUUUUUCGAAUUAGCGGCAGAGUACGAUGAUGCCCUCCUCGAAAGCCGUCGUUUUUGCUAGUCAGAUGGCGAAGAAGAUUCGUGUUACGAUGUCCGCAACACGCUUUUUGUCAAAUGGUCAAGAACAGGAGCAGCAGAACCCCCCAGAGCCUUUACCCAACAGACCCUUGCGAGGGGAGAGAUCCUCCACCAACUCUCAUAGAGAUCCUCCACCCGCCAGACAAGCCCACAACCUUGGAAAGGGUGAUAAUAAUACUCUGUCUGACCAUGGCUUCCUCGAGCAGUUCAAACUCGGAGUCAAUCAGGAACCCCCCAAAACGGAACAAAACCCCCAGGAAGAAACAAGCCUGCCUGAAGAUUCCGAUGAGAUCUUCCAGAAGAUGAAGGAAGGAGGUCUCAUUCCUAACGCCGUCGCCAUGCUUGACGGCCUCUGCAAAGAUGGGCUUGUACAGGAGGCCAUGAAGCUUUUCGGGUUGAUGCGUGACAAGGGUACAAUCCCUGAGGUCGUUAUCUACACUGCUGUCGUCGAGGGCUUUUGCAAGGCUCAUAAAAUUGAGGACGCUAAGAGGAUUUUCAGGAAAAUGCAGACCAAUGGGAUCUCCCCAAAUGCCUUCAGUUAUGGUGUCUUGGUUCAGGGAUUGUAUACUUGCAACAUGCUAGAUGAUGCUGUUGCUCUCUGUUGUGAGAUGCUCGAGGCUGGUCACUCUCCCAACGUCCCCACUUUCGUUGGAUUGGUUGAUGCAUUGUGCAGAGAAAUGGGCGUCGAACAUGCUCAGUUGGCUAUCGAUGGCUUUAACCAAAAAGGAUUUGCUGUCAAUGCUAAGGCUGUCAAGGAGUUCAUGGACAAAAGGGCCCCCUUUCCGUCUUUGGCUUGGGAAGCCAUAUUCAAGAAGAAACCAAUCGAGAAACCCUUCUGAUUGUCCUAUCACUUACGCAGUGCUUUUAGGUAUGCCGUCUCCAUAAAAAAUGUUUUCUUUACUUGUAAUAACAAGCUUGGAAGAGAUAAUCAAUCUGCGUGUUUCCUACUUCAACUUGUGAGUGUUUUCCAUUUUGCUUGGAGUCUGAUAUCAAGUCUUCUCCUUUGUCU